GGGGGCGCGGGUGGGGACACUUCUAUGGGUGGGCCGGGUGGAGAGGACGACGACGCCGCGGAUCAGGAAGAACUGCAGAAGAAGAUGCCAUCGGAGGAAGACGAUAUGAGGGGUGAAGAAGCCAGCGAGGAGGCUGAAGCAGAACAAGAGAAAAAUCGAAACGUAAUGGAACCUGAAAAAGAGGAGGAUGAUGGCCCAAAAGCGAAGGCGCCGGGACCAGCAGUGCACACGGAAGCCGAGGCACAGCAAGCUGCAAAUGAAAUUAUGGCAGAGGCGAUGAAAGAUCCGAAGAAAAUGGCAAAAUUGCAGCAAGGAGGAAACCCAAUGGACAACUUUACAGUGGGAUGCUGUGGCUGCGAACUUAACCUACUGGAGUUUACAGGAAUGGCCUAAGGCACAAAAGUCGUGCAUGAUAGAAAUGAAUCGAUGUACGUAGAAGUCUUUUCCACCUAUGGCAGUCAGUUGUAAUGUUCAACAGUAAUUUAAUUGCGUCUUCAGUGCCAGUGCCUGGAAGACGAUUCAGGAAAACGCAUUGUCGCCAACGCGCAGGUUUCUAUCGAAUAUCACUUCCAACCGAUCAGUGCCCUUUGUACUGGAAACGAAGAAUUAGUUGGAAAGUUGUACAGAAUGAAUACUUUUUACUGUCCAAGAGAUUUAUAGAAUUGAGAUUUUGAUUCGUUCGUUGUACAUCACGUUCGCAGAACUAUGUCAUUUUUUCCAAUGCAUUCGACAUUAAUCUUCUUCUGAAAAAGAUGCAGCGACAGUCGAGCACCGUUGUAAGGUGAACAGAUUCGUGGUCUUUGCUGUAAGAAAGUAUACAAUUUUCGAUGCGAUAUCCGACAUCCGAAGGAUGGAUUCCGAU